AUGGUGAAAGUGGAAUCGAUGAUAAUGGUCCAGUUGACGCUAAUGCUGACAAUCCAAACUGCAAUGAUAUGCCGAGCACAUCAAAUAGAAGUGGAAAGAAACCAAAAGGUGGAAAAAAAAGUGCGCAAUGGCAAAACAUCAAAGAAAUCACAGGUCGCACCAAAGUUAAAGAAGCACAAGUGUAAUGUAUGCAACUUUUUGGCAUCGCAUAAGUCCAUACUCACACGGCACAUGCGAGUACACACCGGCGAGAGGCCAUUUGCUUGUGAAAUAUGUGCAAAAGCUUUUAAUCACAAGUCUAAUCUGAACCGUCAUACAAAAGUCCAUGCAGCCAAACUACCAUUCUGUUGUUCGAAGUGCCGAAUUGGCUUUACAGAAGAAAUCGAAAAGAUUAACCACAAAAAUAAAUGCAAACGGCCACAAUACCAAUGCCAUUUAUGUAAAAGCACAACUCAGGUUUUGUCACAUCUGAGAGAACACAUGCGAAUCCAUAAUGGUGUUAAGCCAUUCAAAUGCCAUGUUUGCGCCAAAACAUUUACUCAGAAACAUCAUCUUAAUAUGCAUUCACGAUCCCAUGUUGAACAACUGCCAUUCGACUGCCGGAAAUGUGGGCAGAGAUUUGGUGAAGAAACCCAGGAGAAAUCGCAUGAAGAUCGUUGCACUGGCCGGCGAUACGACUGCUAUCUAUGCCCGUUCAAAUGCUAUCACAAAGGCCACUUGCAGUUGCACAUGCGAUCAAAGCACACUGGUGAAAAACCAUUUUCAUGUGGCACUUGUGGAAAGUCAUUCGGUCAAAGAAGUGAAGUUAAGCGACAUUUGACAACUCAGAACAAAAAACAACUGAUUCGUUGUUCAAAAUGCUGGAAGAAGUUUUCAGAACAAGGCGACAAGGAUGCACAUGAACAACGAUGCAAACGUCGCUCCUAUCAGUGCUAUUUAUGCAAAUGUUCAAUGCGAGAUUCAUUCCAAUUGAAGACCCAUGCUCGUGUUCACCAUACUGGUGAACGACCAUUUUCAUGCGACUUGUGUGCAGCCCGUUUUUCACAACAAUGCCACGCUUAUGGGCACAUGAAAAACGUAACUCAUAACUAA